AUGUCUCUUCAGGAGCUAAAUGAGUUACGUCAGCUCCUCAAAGAAGAACAGCGGCGACGAGAAGAAGAACAGCAGCUCCUCAAAAAAGAACAGCAGCUCCUCAAAAAAGAACGACGACGACGAGAGCAAGCUGAGGACGAGCUGAAGCUUCAGACCCAAAACACCACACUUCUUGAAUUCCUCGAUGGAUGCCACACACAUUUAUUUCUGGGCUUGACUGUCCAGCAAGACAAAAACUCCACUACCAAGGGCGACCCUGCGAACGCUGACCACAAAGUUCGCCCAACCAAGAUUCGAGAAUGGACCAACUUUCCAACAGAACAGAUUUCAAUCUGGAAUGACCUAAUGAGUGCUGAAUUCGCGACUGAACGCCAUUUUACACCACUCCUCGCCUUGAAAGAAUAUGGAAAAGAGGCGCGGGGACGAAUGGUAGGCUCUGAGAUAGAUUUGAGUUACUUUGAACGACAGACGAUUGAGUCUCGAGUUGCCUCUGUCAUCAAACAGCUGCACGCGAGCCCCCAACUUCGACAGACGUUUCGUUUGAAUGGAGAUGUUACCUUCGAAAACCACGCCAAUACCCUGACAGACGAGUCAAACAUAACAGCGGAUAUGAGCUCCCUUAGUCUAACCCAAGGACAACCACGUCGCUCCGAUCGCUUGGCCGCGAAAUCAAGCAAUGUCAGCCUCCCGCCUCGGCAACCUCAGAGAGCUACACAGCCACGGAGACCUCGAGCAGACCAGUUCUGUGUUUAUAAUAAGGGUCCUAAUGGGAAGGUUCCUGCCUAUAUUAUUGAAUACAAAGCACCCCAUAAAGUCUCCCUCGCACAUAUUAAGACCGGACUAGAAGAUAUGGACCUUGACGAGGUUCUACGCUUUCAGGAGAAGGAAUCAUCAGAAGACAUUUGCCGCCGUGUUGUCGCAGCUGUGAUCACCCAAACUUUUUCAUACAUGAUUCAUGGGGGUUUGGAGUAUGGCUAUGUGUGUACAGGUGAAGCAUUUAUCUUUCUUCGUGUACUUCAUGAUGAUCCUUCCACUGUCUACUACUACUUGUCAGUACCUGAAGAGGAUGUUGGAACCACAACCGGAUGGACCGGCAACCCUCGUGAUGGCAACCGGUUGCAUCUGACCGCAUUAGGCCAGGUGUUAGCGUUUACUCUCCGCGCUGUACGAGUGCCAACCCGAGACACCGCUUGGACACAGUGGGCAGUCCGCAAUCUGGAGACUUGGGUUAUGGUAUAUGAUGAGCUUCUUGAUAAAAUAGCAGAAAAGGACAUUCCUUCCUCCGCGUUUAAAUCACCAACGUCGAGUCGAAACGCAUAUUGCCGUGCAACUCCCGUGAAGACAAGAUCAAAGUCUACUGCCGCAUCCUGUAACCCUUCACAGAGCCUGGCAUCUCCCGCUCAUGAUGACGAUCAUGAUGACGACAGCGGAGAUCGCUGUGAUCCAGAUACACCUUCUCGACCACCCCGCGAGUCUCGCAUUCCCCACCCACCAGUAUCCUCAUCAACGUCUACAGAAAGCUCCCGAGGCAAGUCUCGAGAGUAUUGCACGCAACUAUGCCUUCGAGGAUUAAGCACCGGAAGCAAGUUGGACCAGAACUGCCCUAAUGUGUUGGAUCACGGGGUGGACCAACAUCAAUUGACUCCGAGAACUCUCAUUCAUGAGCUGGCCCUGCAACUUUCCAGCGAUGACAUAGACCUUAACACGGUGCUAGGAUGCGAGUCGCUCCAUAUUCAUGGGAGUCGUGGUGCCCUGUUCAAAAUCACUGUAUGGUCUCAUGGCUAUACCUUUGUAGGAAAGGGGGUACCAGUCGAGUUUGUCCAGGGUUCAAAGCACGAGGAACGCAUUUAUUCACAACUUGCUCCCAUCCAAGGGGUAUACGUCCCUGUCCUACUUGGCAGCCUGAAACUUCGCCGACCAUUCUCUUAUGACGGCAUUGCCGAUAUCGUCCACCUAAUGCUCAUGGGCUAUGCCGGGAAGACCCUUGCAGGCCUGGAUGACCUCAGGCGCUGCGAAUUCAUCGGUCGAGCCGAGGAAGCCUUACGCGCGAUUCAUGAGUUACGCGUGCUUCAGGGUGAUCCCAUCUGCGGCAACAUGGUUGAGAAAAAUGGUCGAGUGAUGUUCAUUGAUUUUGAACGGGCAACAUACAGGAAAUCCCAAAUUGAAUCGGUGCCAAUGCAGACUAAGCGUUUAGCAUUGGGUCCCGUCUCACCUAAUAAAAAACGCAAGCCCUCCUCCUUCAAAGGAGAUCCUGUUACACAGCUCGACUGCUUUGGGCGCGAGAUGCGACGUAUGAAACACGGUUUAUGA